UAAUAAAAAUAAUAAAAAUGGAGAUGUAAAAAUAAAUCGAAAUAAAAUAGCAAAUUAAUAUCUAAAAAUUAUCAGAGCAAGCAUUUAUAAAUAUAGAAUCCAUUGAAAAUUUACUUUAGCAAAUUUAAACCUAAUAUUCUUAGUUUUAAAAUUUUGAUUAUUUUGGUAAAGACGAUAAAAACAGUCUACUUUUAUUAUGUUUUGAUACUAAAUUAUCAUUAAACGUAGCACUUAGAAUAUUGAGAACUUAAGGUAAUAUCUGGACUAAAGUUUACUCUGAUGAUUAAGUCCUAAGGAUUUAUUAGUUAGAAUAGGAUAUACCAAAUUUAUUGAAUAUACAUUACUAAAAUGUUUAAAAUAAAGAUGAAAAAGAAGUUAAUUUGCUAAUGUUUGAAAUCAGAAUAACAAAAAAGCUGAUUUAAACUUAUUCAAAGUUCUAUAAGCUUACAGAUUAUUUAGAACAUCCACAUUAGUUGAAAUUUUUGGUUGAUAGAGAUUCUAAAAUGAACUUAAAUUAAAUUCAAAGCUUAAAAGACAAAUUUUAAGAAUAUUCCAAUUUGCUAUAUGUGUCUUUAUCGUUUUCUAACAGUAAUCUAAAAGAAGUAUCAGGAAAAUUGUUGGCAUAAAUAUUUUCUAAAUGUGAUCAAUUGUUUCACUUAGAACUUUAUCUGGCAGCUACCUAAAUUAGUAAUUCUACUCCAUUAUAAAUAAUUGAUUAAAUUUCUCUGCAUAAAUCCAUGAGAUAGCUUAUAAUAUCUUUUGCUUGCAAUUAAUUGAAUAACGAGUCAGGUUUGCUGUUAGGAAAAAGUCUUUCGAAAUUAUAAUAGUUAUAAAGAUUAGAAUUGAACUAUAAUACUAACUAGUUAGAAGAUACAGCUGCUUAGUAUAUUGGAUAAGGGCUUUCUUAGUUACAUAAUUUAUAAUACUUGGCUAUUGAAUUUCAGAAUAAUUAAUUCACUGUUGAUGGAAUCAAAUAUUUAAUGUAAUCUUUAUCUUUAAUGUAGAGUUUAUCUGUUUUAACACUUUUUAUUGCGGCAAAUCGUUUUUCUCAUGAAGCUGCACCAUAUCUAUUGGAAUUUCUUCCUUAAUGUUAGCAUCUAAUCUACCUUUAAACUGAAAUAGCGUACUUAACAAUUAAUGGGUAACAUGGAGUGCACAAAAGGAAAAUUUUAAAAGGUAAAAGGCUUGUAAAUUUAAAAUUAUUAUGAAAAGUUAACAAAAUUAAAUUUUAUUCAUUUACUCACUAAUAAAUAAAUAAAUAAAAUACAUUUUAUCAAAAUAUCUAAAAUGAAAAAUAAUAAAUAUUUCAAAAAUUCAAAAUCCAUAAAAUUAUUUUAUUUUGCUUGUUGUAUCCAUUUUUUAAAACAAACUAUAAAAAAUAACUUAACAA